UGAAUAAAAUUGAUUUUUGCCGGUCGCCUUGUCUCGGUUGGGAGGGAACAAGCCGCCGCUAAGCACCUGCACCCAAGACAAGGACGUAGCGAUUGGCCGGAGCUUGCCAUGGGAAACGUUGGAGAAUACGGCGUGUGAAGGAGAAGAGGGGCUCGCAAUAAAAUUAUGCGAUGAUAAAUGAGCAAGCAAGCCCUAAAUCGCGGUAAAUCCGAAUGAUGGGUUCAUUCUUUUUCUAAAAUGAUCAAUCCGAGCGUUGAUUUGGCGCGAUAGCUAUUGGCGAUUUCACAUCGGAUCAAGCACGAAUCGUCUCCUGAAAGGGUGUGAAGCGAGCGCGGAAGGAUGCAGUGGUAUUUCGUUGCUGCUCUUCUCACUCUUCUUACCAGUUCCCAGGGCAUUUUGACAACACUCUCGCAAACUAAUGGAAGAUACAAGUAUGAUUAUGCUACAGUUCCCUUUCUUGCAGAAAUCUUCAAGCUGCUAGUAUCCGGUUUCUUUCUUUGGAGAGAGAUCAAGUCUCAAUCUUCUCCUAGGAUGACAACUGAAUGGAAAGCAGUGCGGUUAUUUGUGGUUCCUUCGAUCAUAUACCUUGUGCACAACAAUGUUCAGUUUGCUACUUUAACCUAUGUUGAUCCAUCUACUUAUCAGAUUAUGGGAAACCUGAAAAUCGUGACUACUGGGAUUCUAUUCAGACUUUUCCUUAAGAGGAAGUUAUCAAAUCUACAGUGGCUGGCAAUCAUUUUAUUAGCAGUGGGAACCACUACAAGCCAGGUAAAAGGUUGUGGAGAAGCAUCAUGUGACUCUCUCUUUUCAGCACCUAUACAAGGCUAUGUGCUUGGAAUAUUGUCUGCUUGUCUUUCCGCCCUUGCUGGUGUUUACACAGAAUAUCUGAUGAAGAAGAACAAUGACAGCCUUUAUUGGCAAAAUGUGCAACUGUACGCGUUUGGUGCGAUGUUUAAUUGUGCACGGCUUCAUUGGGAUGAUUAUAGUGGGGGAUAUGAGAAGGGACCUUGGUGGCAACGCCUCCUCAAUGGGUACACAUUUACCACCUGGAUGGUUGUACUAAAUUUAGGAUCGACUGGCUUGCUGGUUUCAUGGUUGAUGAAAUUUGCUGACAAUAUUGUUAAGGUCUACUCAACUUCAAUGGCAAUGCUGUUGACAACGGUUCUAUCUGUCUAUCUUUUCAAUUCUCAGCUCACCGUACAGCUCUUCUUGGGUAUUAUAAUCUGCAUGAUCUCAUUGCACAUGUAUUUUGCACCUGUUCGCAUGCUUGUUGAUUUGCCUGCUACAUCGAAGUCGGUCUCAAGCACUCUAAAAGAAGUCACUGUUGAAAAUCAUGAAUAAUGAUGAUUUGAGGAAUGGUGGCAGAAGCAUUUUGAGAAUACAAGCUUAGUUUCAAAAGAAGCUUAUGUGAUAAAAAAACAUAGAGUUUGCAUGGUGAGUAACUAUGUGAAUAUUUUCAUAAGACUAUUUCUUAUGUAGCAGACGCA